GAGCAAUGCCUGAAUCUCAACUUAAACGCUUAAAGGCAUCGCUACGGACUGCGGGUAUAACCGGCCAGCAGAAGUCAAAGAAAGCAGCCAAGAAACAGAGGCAAUCGACUACUAUACACAAUUCUAGACUUGAUCGGAAUGCUACGUUACAGACAAUUCGGGAGGAGUUCAAUCCUUUCGAGAUUAAGACGACUCGGGAGAAACAUGCGGUGAUUGGGAGGGGAAAAGCUAAGGGCGCGCAAGGGCGGCCCGGCUUGAGCAAGCAGAUUGGAGAGGAAAAUGUGCGUUCUAUGAAUUGUCUCGGGUCUUCUAGGUGGCUAACCCAGGUUCGCGCAGAGGAAACGGACAUUGUUGGUCGAGAUGCAGAGGAGGAAUAAAGCCGGUGGGAUCCUGGAUAGGCGUUUCGGAGAGAACGAUCCUACAAUGACUCCGGAAGAGAAGAUGCUCGAACGAUUCACCAAGGAAAAACAGGUGCGUUGCUAAAGGUGUUCACAUUGUUUAGCGACUAACUAUUUGCUUGUACAGAAACGAGUCCGUGGCGGCGACAUAUUCAAUCUCGACGACGACGAAGAUGGGCUGACUCAUUUUGGCCAAUCCCUCGGCGGUCUUACAGACGAUUUUGACGACCAGAAUGACCUGAUGCUCUCGGAUGAUGAGCCCACCCGAAAACGACCGUUAGAUACGGAAGGUUCGGAGGGCGAGGAUGCCUCGCCGGAGCGCAAAAAGAGCAAAGCCGAAGUUAUGAAGGAAGUGAUUGCCAAAUCAAAACUUCACAAAUACGAGCGUCAAAAAGCCAAAGAGGACGAUGAUGAGGAACGUAAGAAAUUGGAUGCGCAGAUGAAUGACAUCUGGGCGCUUUUGGGGGCAAAGAAAUCGGCUACUACUGGUCCGGCUACGGGAGCUAAUAAUGAACCCGUGCCGGGACGGGACGAUGUCAAGGCGAGGUCUGAGACAGACUCUAGAACUAACCCGGAGAGGCUGGCGAGAAUGGAGGGGAGAGAAUAUGAUUAUGACGUAGUUGUCCGGGAAAUGGCGUUCGACAAGCGCUCAAAACCAAGUGAGAGGGCUAAAACCGAAGAGGAGAAACUACAGGAGGAGAGUGAGAGAUUGAGGAAGCUCGAGGAGGCCCGCCAAAAGAGGAUGAGAGGAGAGGAAGUCAGUGGGGAUGAGAGAGAAGCCUCAGGUGGAGAUGACGAAGUAGGCUUUGGGGAUGCGGCCGAAUACGGAUUUGGAGCUGGUAUCCCUAUGGCGCCCGUUGGGGGAAACUUUAACCCCGACGAAUUGGUCGACGGCGACUAUGAAGUUUCAGAAGAUGGGUAUAUUAGCGUUGAUGAAAACGGAGAAGUCAAUGCUACCGGCGCAGAACAUUCAGACGACUAUAGCUCUGAGUAUAGUGGUGUAGGUGGUUCUGAUGAUGAACUUGAAGAGGACGAAGAUGAUGAUUUCCUUGAAGUCCUCGAAAAUAAACCAGGAAAGGCGGGGAUAAAACCAAACGUUCUCGAUCUCUCAAAGGUAGAUAACAAGGGCGAUGGGCUUGCAUUCACCUUUCCCUGUCCCCAGACGCACGAGGAGUUUCUAGGGAUUGUCGGAGAUAUCCCAAUAGAUGACCUCCCAACGGUUGUUCAGAGAAUUAGAGUUCUAUACCACCCCAAACUUGAUGCCGAAAACAAGCACAAACUUGCUGUGAGAAAUCCCUUGCUCCUGGACUAAAGUAUCGUAACUGACAGAUAUCUAGCGAUUCUCCGAAAUUCUCCUGCAGCAUAUACUCCUAGUUGCUAACAAAACCCCAUCCGCACCCCCCUUCAAGCCCUUAGAAACUCUAAUCCGCCAUCUCCAUGCUCUCGCAAAAUCCUAUCCAGAUACUGUAUCAAUAGCCUUCCGCGAACAUCUAAAAACCAUGCAUGAACAGCGCUCCACUGAGGACUUGAAAGCCGGGGACUUGAUACUCUUCACUGCGAUUAGCACAAUAUUCCCCACGAGUGACCACUUCCAUCAGGUCGUCACUCCAGCGAUGAUUGUAAUCUGCCAAUGGCUCGGGCAAGCGUUCCCCAAGUCGCUGUCAAGGCUAGGAAUGGGGACAUAUCUAGUAACAAUGUGUAUCCAAUACCAACGUCUGUCAAAACGGUACGUCCCCGAGGCCACGCAUUUUGUCCUCCGCGCUCUUUCACUCCUCGCGCCGGUGAGACAGGAGAAGCUACCAGGCACCUUUCCGCACGAGGAGUCGGAAGUAUCACUGCGAAUACAAAAGCCUCCGCAGAAAGAAAUCGUGGAAGUACGCAAAAUGAAUUUCGCGGAUAUCUUCACCGCGGAGGAGAAGAGCGGGGCCGGCCGGCGCGAUAUCCAGUUAUCGCUUUUGUCAACGUUGGCAAGUUUACUCGAAAGCAUGGCGGGCCUCUGGGUGGGUAAAACUGCCUUCACAAUGAUCUUUGAGCCAGCCUUGGAAAUCAUAGAACACCUUCUACACAAAAUCAAUAAACCCGCCAUUGGAAGUGCUCAUCGAGAAAAGGUUACACCACUUUCCAUACAGCCUCCCACUUUCUUUUAGUAUCAUGACAUGACUAACAUCUCCCUCACAGCUCCUCGCGACCAAAGCCGGUUUAGAAAAUCACCUCUUCCACGCCCGCAAGAGCCUCCGUCCCCUAACGCUCCACUACCACCGCCCCCUCCCGAUUAAAACCUACAUACCGAAAUUCGAAGAGACGUACUCCCUCGACAAGCGUUCCUACGACCCCGAUGCGGACCGCGUUGCCCUAUCAAAGUUGAAGGCAGAGCAUAAGCGUGAGAAGAAGGGUGCCUUGAGAGAGCUGAGGAAGGACUCAAGAUUUAUCGCUAGGGAGAAGUUGAAGGAAGAUAAGAAGACGAGCAAGGAGUAUCAUGAGAAGAUGAGGAGGCUUACGGCUAUGAUCCAAACAGAAGAGGGGGCGGCAGGGAAUGAAUAUAAGAGGGCGAAAAGGAGUAAGUGAGUGUAUAGUAUAUGAUAGUGCGACCUGAGGGAAAGUAGGAGGAGGAUGCGAAGGGGGGUUGUAUAUACCGGUAGCAUGUCGUGGAUGCUUGGAUAAUAGUGCCCGGGUGGCUUGGUUGGUCGAACUCCGGUUCCUUCAAAAUAAAGUCCUAGACCAUGCCUUUGUGAUACCUGACGAAUGGGGCGCUACGCACCACCGACAAGGAAGCUAUGCUAUGAUAUUAUCGUGCAAUAACGACCAUUUACGCUAGAUGCCGGCUUUUCUGCCGCUAAAUGGCUGAGUGAUAUACGGUGUAUGAAAAACUAUUUCUAACACUCAAGAUCACUAGAAAUGAAUCAAGUUUUAUAACAUUAGUUCCUCAGCAUACCGGUACCAUACCGCUACUCAAGCCCCCGCUUUCCUAUGCACGGUAACCAAGGAACGAAAAACGUCAACGAGAUUAACGGUAAGAAAUAGGGAGUAUGAUGUAAAUCCGGUUAUAAUCCCGAUGGACCAACAAGCCAUGGUGUCACCAAAUGCCGUACAGUACCGUAUUAUCCAUGUAAUGCUGGUAUGAUACAGUGCUCUUGUAUAUUCAAGCACCCGCGGUAUCAUAGACUGGAUCGAACCUGGCUCGAGCAUAAGCUAGGGUAACCCACUGCCACUUUUCCC